UUUAUCUUAAACCAGUGUUAUAUAGUAGACUAUAGUAUAGUGAGGUUACAACACCCUGUUGUAUUUUUCGGUGCUACUGCUACGGAAUAGACAUUAAAAUGUCUGCAGAUAUUCCUGGUUACAUAUUUGCAGGUGCAGUUGCAGCUGGAGGAAUAUUAGGAUACUAUAAAGCUCGUUCUGUACCAUCCCUAGCAGCUGGUUUAGUGUUCGGAGGAAUUCUGUUUUAUGGAGCUCACGAGGUCAGCAAGAACCCAGAAAACUAUUGUGUCCAGUUGGCCGCAAGUUCAAUUCUAGGCGGUGUAAUGGGAUACCGGUAUUACAACAAAAAGAAGUUUAUGCCUGCUGGGGCCGUAUUUUUAGCGUCCGUCGCUAUGAUUUUCAGAAUUCUCGCCAAAGCCAACACUUUGCCAAGUCCAUCAGUGACGUAAAAUUGGUUAUUGUUAAGCCAUUCUUGCCGCAUUUAUGUUUGUUUUUAAUUAUUUUUUUUUUAAGUCAGAACGCAGAACUGAGUAGUUUAAUAAAAUUAUUCCAUAGAA